AGAGGCGAGAGAAAAGAAGGAUGAGUGUAUCAAAAAGAUGGCUGUUGGGACUGUUAGGAGGGAUAGUGAUGGCUACAGUUGUGGCUGUGGUGGAUUCACACGAUUAUGGGGAUGCACUUACUAAAAGUAUUUUGUUCUUUGAAGGCCAGAGGUCUGGGAAAUUGCCUCCUAACCAAAGGAUGACUUGGAGAAAGGAUUCUGCUCUUCGCGAUGGCUACCAGAUUGGUGUUGAUUUGGUGGGUGGAUACUAUGAUGCUGGUGACAAUGUCAAAUUCAAUUUUCCAAUGGCAUUUUCAACAACAAUGCUGGCAUGGAGUGUUGUAGAGUUUGGCAAGUUCAUGGGUCCUGAUCAGAAACAUGCACUAGAAGCUAUUCAAUGGGCAACUGAUUAUUUCCUAAAAGCCACAAGCAUUCCAGGCGUUGUUUUUGCUCAAGUUGGUGAUCCUUAUGGAGAUCAUAAUUGCUGGGAGAGGCCUGAGGACAUGGACACCCCUAGAACACCUUACGCAGUCAGCAAACAGUUUCCUGGUUCCGAAGUUUCAGGGGAGAUAGCUGCUGCGCUUGCUGCAGCUUCUAUUGCUUUUAGGCCUAGCAAUCGUGCUUAUUCUGCAAAGCUUCUGAAAAGGGCUAGAAUGAUUUUCGAAUUUGCAGAUACUUACCGUGGAUCUUAUAAUGAAAGUCUUGGACAGUGGGUGUGCCCCUUUUACUGCGAUUACAGUGGAUAUGAGGACGAAUUGAUAUGGGGAGCUGCAUGGUUGUAUAAGGCCACUAAAGAUCCUAAUUACUGGAAUUACGUUGUCAACAACAUAAAAGAUCUAGAAAAUGCAGUCGUCAAAAAUAUAGACGGUGUCUCCUAUAGUGGCGGUAGUUUUGCUGAAUUCGGAUGGGAUGCUAAACACGCUGGCAUUAAUGUGCUUGUUUCCAGGCUGCUGAAGAGUGCCAAAGCUUCUAGUUUAGAUCCAUUCAUUCCAAAUGCUGACAAGUUUGUGUGCAGUGUGUUGCCCGAAUCUCCUACUGUGUCAGUUUCAUACUCUCCAGGUGGAUUUCUGUUCAAACCUGGAGGAAGUAACUCGCAACAUGCGACAGCUUUGUCAUUUCUUCUGCUAGCAUAUUCACGCUAUCUGAAUCAAGCCAAUAGAGUCAUUCAUUGCGGCAACGUCGUUGCUACUUCUGCUAGGCUCGUUCAAUUCGCAAGAAUCCAGGUAGAUUAUAUACUAGGAAGCAACCCUAUGAAGAUGUCGUACAUGGUAGGAUAUGGACAAAAAUUUCCUCUCAGGAUACACCAUCGCGGGUCGUCUCUGCCUUCCGUUAACCAGCACCCUGGGCGUAUUGAUUGCCAGGGCGGAACUCCAUACUAUAACAGUAACAAUCCCGAUCCAAACUUGCUCGUCGGUGCUGUUGUUGGAGGACCUGAUGUAAAGGAUUCUUACGCUGAUUCUAGACCUGAUUUUGUACAUUCCGAGCCAACCACGUACAUCAAUGCACCUCUUGUCGGUGUCUUGGCUUACUUCAGAUCACAUCCAUCCCCAUAGAUUUUCAUUUUCUUUCUCUUUUUAUAAAAAAAAAUUAAAAUAAUUUCCCUUUUCUUAUAUACAUGCAUACUGUUUUUAGAUAAUUUAAUCAUGUUUUGAAAAGAAAAUUAGGCAUGUACAGUUGUGAUCUUCUUUGUUUUUUUAGAAAGCAAAAUGUACAGUGCAAUCAUAUUAUACAAUCUGAUAAGUUAGAGCAGCA